UUAACCAUUAAAUUCCCCUGGAAAUUCAAAAAUAUUAUUUCAUAAUAACACAAAAGGCUGGAAAACCUUCCAAUGACAAAAUCCCUUUUCCAAAAACUUUUCUCAUCCUUUCCUUUGCAUGUAAGAUAACAAUGUGAACUAAGACCUUGGAAGGCCAUAAAUACACACAUCAAGAAUAGAAAGAAAAACCCAGAAAGACAGAAUUGCUUUGUGCAACCCUAGAAAGCCAUACUUUUCUGCAUAUCUUGGUUCAUGUAUAAUAAUAUAUAUGAUGGUUUCGUAACCAUUACCCAAAUAAAUCAAAAGAAAAGAAAAACAUCUAAAAACCAGAAGAAGAACAUGUCUCUAAGCGCACCUAGAGCUAGGGUCAAUGGGGUCGAUGGGGCCAAUGGGGCCAAUGGUGCAACCCCUGGGAGGAACUACCAGCAUUACUGGUGCUACCAGUGCCAUCAAUUUGUUCGGAUUGCCUCUACGAAUCCUCCGGAGGAGGUUGUCUGCCCUCGAUGUUCUGGUCAGUUUAUUUGCGAGAUGGAAAUCAACAGGCCUAGGAUGGUUGACUUCACUGCUUUUGAUCCAUCCCCUGAAGCUCGUCUGUUGGAAGCACUCUCUCUUAUUAUGUAUCCUCCAAUCAGGCUAUUCGGUCUUGGUAAUUCUGAUAACCAAGAACCUCAGGAAAGGCGUUGGUUGAGUCGUCCGAACAAUUUACCAGAAUCCGAAGGUGAAAAUUUGCCUCGGGAGCGUCUUCGUAGGCGCAGAAGCCGGAGUUUAGAUGGAACUGAUGAUAGAGAACAAGAACCUGAAUCUCUAGGCCGUCCUACUUGGAUUAUUGUUCGGCAGCCGGGUUCUUUUAGCCUACCCGAAGCUGAACCAACUUUGCCACAUGAAAUCCCUGCACUCCGUGGCCCUGGUCUUGAUCCAAGGAACUUCUUUUUUGGACCCGGACUAAAUGAGUUGAUAGAACAACUGACACAAAAUGACAGGCCAGGUGUACCCCCAGCCCCGGAGUCAACUAUCCACGCGAUUCCGACAGUAAAAAUCACGGAAUCGCAUCUACGCGACGACUCGCAAUGUCCGGUGUGUAAGGAGGAAUUCAAGGUUGGUGGGGAGGCAAGGGAGUUGCCUUGUAACCAUAUAUACCAUAGUGAUUGCAUUGUGCCUUGGUUAAGGCUUCACAAUUCUUGCCCUGUUUGCCGCCAUGAGUUGCCGGUUAGCAGUACCGAUGAACAAUUGCCGGUUAGCAGUACCGAUGAACUAUCUAGCAGUGACUAUUUUUCCGAACCUGAGGUUUCUUCCAACGACGGUAGAAGAUGUUGGAGGCUUAGGCAACUGGCUAGCAAUUUGUGGCCUUUCCAUCGGAGGCAUCGGAGAAUUAACCCACAGACUGACGAGUCCCCUGCAGUUGAACUUGAAUCAAGGUCGCAUCGUUGCUGUAUUCUUUAGGAUUUUUAGGCAGCUAUUCACUUCAAAAUAACUGUCUGUAAAAUCACUAAAAGCUGCAAAACAUCAGUUUCAUCAUCUCUCCCAAAUACUUGUUUUAAGGAACACAAUGUCGAAUUGAUUCAACCGAAAACUAGUGAAUUAUCGGAUCUAAGAUGUUGAUCUUUGAAGCUCUUUACAUUAACAUCCAUACCAAUAUAUAUGUUUUAAGCUCUUUACAUUAAAAA